ACCCAGAUCCGCCCAUCUCCACUCCUCAUCCUCCUCUUUAUCUUCUCCCUCGCCGUCCUCAUCCUCCCCACCCAUGAAGCCAAACCAAGUUGGCCAGGUCAUCCUGUAUGGCGUUCCCAUCGUAUCGCUGGUUAUCGAUCACAACGAGAGACUUUGCCUGGCUCAGAUUUCCAACACACUCCUGAAGAACUAUAGUUAUAAUGAGAUUCACAAUCGGCGCGUGGCGCUGGGCAUCACCUGCGUCCAGUGCACUCCGGUUCAGUUGGAGAUCCUCCGUCGGGCCGGCGCCAUGCCCAUCUCAUCGCGGCGUUGUGGUAUGAUCACCAAGCGUGAAGCCGAGCGCCUCUGCAAGUCCUUCCUGGGAGAGAACGCACCGCCGAAACUGCCCGACAACUUCUCCUUCGAUGUGACACAUGAGUGCGCCUGGGGUAGCCGAGGUAACUUCAUCCCGGCACGCUACAACAGCUCCAGGGCAAAAUGCAUCAAGUGCUCGCUUUGCAACAUGUACUUCUCCCCGAAUAAGUUCAUUUUCCAUUCCCACCGCACGCCGGAAGCCAAAUACACCCAGCCCGACGCCGCCAACUUCAACUCCUGGCGUCGACACCUCAAACUCUCUGACAAAAUCCCAGCUGAUGAGUUAAUCUUCGCAUGGGAAGACGUCAAAGCUAUGUUCAACGGAGGCAGCCGGAAAAGAGCGCUGCCGUCUUCGUCCCAUUGUUCCUCCAUGGGGCCCAUGAAGAAUCUCGCAGGUUCCGUUCACAUGAUGGGGUCUGACCUGGGUGCUCAGAAGAGAUCCCGCUUUGACGACGAUGAUGAUCUGGAUGGAGGCAAUCUGUCUCCCCGUAAGACCUCACGUAGCUACCCAGUCAUCCCCGUCCCGAGCAAAGGCUUCGGCAUGCUGCAGAAGUUCCCUCCCACGUCGCUCUUCCCUUCGCCUUACCCCUUCCCAGCAUUCGGUCUCUGCCAGCAGAAAAAAGAUGACAGUGAUGUUUCAGGUGUGCAGAAAGGAUCAGGGUUGUCAGGUCUGUUAUGGCCCGGCCGCAAAGACACUUUUUAUCCUCCUUUCUGCAUGUUUUGGCCACCAAGAGCGGCGGGAGGAAUCCCUGUCCCUACUUACCUCCAGCCUCAGCCCAGCGCCCUCUCCUCCCUGGCAGACAACCCCUCUCUCAGGCAGGCCUUUUUGGAUCUCUCAGACCACAGCGAGCCUGGAGUAGUAGCUGGCAACGGAAAUAGUGUCAAUGCAACCAUGGCCCCCGGGACUGCCACAGCCAGACCCGGGCUGUUUGACCCAGAGUGUACAACAGUAACCCCUGACCUCCGCCCUGUGACCUCAGAAGGCUGGCUCAAACUUCUGGACACCCCAGCCCUCCAAAGCAGGAAGCCCAGCUACGGCUCAGCCUUCAGGCCCGUCAUUAAGGACGCUGAGAGCAUCGCUAAGCUCCACAGCAACGGGGGAACAGAUGAGGACUUCGUAGUGGCCAGGUCUGAACGCCACCAACGGCUUUCGCCCAGCAGCAGCUGUAGUUACGGAAGUGAAAGUGGAGGCGAUGUAGAGGCGGAGGGAGUGGAGAGUGAGGAGGAGGGGGAAGUGGAUGUGGAGUCGUCAAAGCAGGAAGACGAGGAGGAGGAAGGGGGAUUCACAAGCAGGCUUCCACAGACUCAAACCAACCUGUACCACCCUGCGCUAAGCGACAGCCAUGGAGAGGAGAGGGGGAAGGAGAGAGGGAGUGGCGCUGUGUACACCAGCACCUCCCCUCCCUCCUCCUCAGACCCCAUUCGGCAGGGGUCCCCCAGCCUGCCAGCAUCCCCUUCAGCCAGCCUGCCUCUCUCCGGCUCCACCCCGCCUCACCGAGAGGACCCUGCUUACAAAAACGUUCACAAAAAUAGAGAUGAAGGACUACCUGUGUACGCGACCAAAGACAACUCCAGCCUUUCUGAUGAAAACAAAGAGCAGAGUAGUUUCUUUGUGCCAGAGAGUGAGACAGCAGCGCCCGACUACUGGAGGGAAAGUUCAGGUGAUCAAAGCCGAGGUUCUGCCUCUCCUGUGGUGCUAAAGAAGGACGUGGAGAACAUGGAGAAAGAGGAGCUCCAGAAGGUUCUGCUGGAGCAGAUCGACUUCAGGAGGAGACUGGAGCAAGAGUUUCACGCUCUGAAGGGCACCUCACCAUUUCCUGUCUUCCAUAAUUUCCAAGACCAGAUGAAAAGAGAGCUCGCCUACAGAGAAGAGAUGGUCCAACAGUUACAGAUGAUUCCCUACGCAAACAUCAUCAGAAAAGAGAAGAUCAGCUCCCAUCUCAACAAAUAGCUAAAAGGCAGAAUCAACAAUGAGAAGAAGACUGCCUGGAUUUCUGUGAAUGUCCCAAGAAGAAAAAAAACAGAGAAAUAUACGGGAGAGACCCAAACAGAAUACGACUGAAUAUAUUAUAUAAAUACAUUUCUUAAGUUCUCUUGGACAUUUGUUUUCUUCUGCCUUUGUUAUUAGCCCUGUUCAGUGAAACACUUUAGAAGUAGCUGAUAAAAGCUGCUUCUCCCUGCCUCCAGUUCAUUUCCCAAACUGACUGAACUCAAAUGGGCACACACUGGCGACAUUAGGGGGAAAAGGGAACAUCAAAGCUUCACCCAACCCGGACCAAAGCAACCACAACCCAUCUCCUCUUUUGUGAGUUUUAGAGCCGUGAAAAACAAACUGUGAACUUUUCCAAGCUCCGAAAGACGAAGAGGGCAGAGUCAUAGCAACAGUAAGACUGUGUUAUUGUCCAUGACUGCUGCUGGUCCAACUGUACAUACAUCAGACUGUGGACAAGGACGGACUUCUAACAUUGAUGGAUCAGAUUGGGACCCUUGAGAGAAAACAUUUGGUCCCAAAGGGAUUCUCCUCAUCAUGUCCAGUUGUGUUCAUUGACCCAAACCAACGUCUCAUAGUUACCCUGAUUGUCAGCAUGUCCCUAAAGAGGUCAGAUGUUGGUGGUGAUUUCAUGCGCCAUCCUUUACUCCGUUAGAUAUUACUAACUUGAAUAUGCCAGAUGAAGAACAAGGGAGAAAAUGAAAUAAGUGUUUUUGGGUUUUAAACCUAAAGAGAGAGCAGUAUUAAAUAAAGGGCAGCAUCACGUCACGCUUUAAGCAAGAGGUUUACUAUUUGGGGAAUGCACAAAAACCUACAGUAUUAUUUUCAAUGCUGACAUUUUUCACCUUUUAUUUAAACAGGAAGUUAGCUCAAAACAAUAUCCUGUGUCACAUCCACAGCUCAGAAGCCUUUUUACUGUUUUAUUUGUUAAUCCUUUCCUCAAAAUGAACCGUGAAGAUCUAGCCCUCCGAACAAAUGUUUUUAACACCGAUCCACGGGCAAGGUAACGUUACCACCAUCAGCUAAAGGAUGGGGUGUUGUCAGAUGGUUACAACGACAAUUAAAGGCCAAUCCCUGGUUUCGUGUUUGCUCUCCAAAUGAGUAUCCGGGACACGAGGAGCAGAAGGCUGGCGUGUGUCAGGGUUGUACAUCUACCUGUAAAUGAUUUGAUCUGACUGUAUACAAUGUCAACGUGAGAUUACUGAGCCUCACAGUGAGCCUAUAUAUAUGUGUUUGUUUGUUUAUUUAUUUGAGUACCAGGGCCUAAGACCCUGAUUGUGAACAUAUUAUUUAUUAUAAUGUCAAAAAGAAAGAAAUGUGUUGAUGAUGAUCAAGUGUGUGUCACAGGGAUCACACAUGAGAACUCACCCACCUUGUUUAUAGAAUGAAUGAAUGGAUAAAGUUGUCCUUUACUGAGAGAAAUGUUAUCAUUAUAAACUGUUGAUGCAGAUGUAUUAAAAUA